AUGGUGCGCAUUCCCUUGACUGAUAAUGAGGAUACAACUCUUCAUGUUGCGGUGAGCCGAGGAAACAAUGAUUUUGUGAGAGAGUUUGUUAACUAUGAACACGUGACCCGACAAGACCUGGAAAUACCAAAUGCAAAUGGGAACAUAGCAUUUUGCUUGGCUGCAAUUACAGGGAAGAGAGAAUUUUUAGAAAUUAUGAUUCAAAAGAAUGAAGAUUUGCCACUGAUUCAUGGGCAAAAUGGGAUGCUUCCAGUUCACUUGGCUCUUUUAAGUGGCUUCCACGAAAUCGUGCAACAUCUUUCCUCUUAUAAUCUCCUUGAGAAAAUGAAUUUCAAGGAUAUUGAACGACUCUUUUUCAUGGCCUUGAAUAGCAACAUAUAUGGAAACUUUUAUGUAGUGGAAAGCCUUUUUCUCAUAAGUGAUGAUCUAGCACGUGAACUAGUGAUGAUAAAGGACCCUGAAAAUGGACAGAGCCUACUGCACAUUGUUGUUUUAUUUCGACAAAAUAGCAUCAUCGACUUCAUAUUAGGCAGGGUGCCGAAUGUAAAGCUAAUUAUACAAGCAGUUGAUAAAGAUCGUAACAAUGUUCUACACUUUGCUGCACGUCAACCAGAACAAGCAUCACUAAGUUUGAGACCAGACAUUCGAAUGCAAAAAGAACUGGAAUGGUAUACGAAAAUGAAGAAGAGAGUUCCUCCUGAGCUAUGGACAAUGAGAAACAAAGAUGGCAUGACACCAAAUGAUAUGUUUUAUGCAAAUCAUAGGAAGUUAUCUAACGAAGUUAAAGACACAGCCAAAGCAGUAGCCUAUUCUUGUAUGGUUGUGGCAGCACUUGUUGUUACCGUCGCUUUUGCUGCAGCUCUUACUACUCCAGGUGACAAGAACAAUGCUUGGUUUGCUGUAUUCAUCAUGACAAAUACAAUUGCAUUCUUCACAUCUUCUUUAUCUAUCGUCGCUUUCUUAUCAAUAUUCACUUCAUCUAGAUUCGAAGAAAGCGAUUUUGUCAUCUCACUAUAUCCAAACUUGAUUAUUGGGAAAAAGCUGCUGUAUAUCUCCGUUGUCAGUAUGAUCAUAGCUUUUGCUGCAGCUUCCUUCUUGAUAUUUGGUCAUAUAUACAAGUGGGUUGCAUAUGUAGUGACUUCGUUCGGGCUUCUCACAAUAAUUUUUGUUCUUGAGCUUCAACUUAGCCUUUUCUCAAGAUAUAUAAAACCAUGUCUAGAGUACAUUAUGAAUCAGCUGGCACGAAGAAUUAUUUAUCUGCACACAGUCAGGAUGCGUGAGAAAUUUCUCAAGUAUAUAAAGACAGAUUUACCCGUGUCUGGAUCGAGUUUUUCAUUGAGUUUGUGA